GAGCAUCUCGCUGAAACGUAUGUACAAUGUCCAAAGGUCGCGCGUUCAUUCCAGUUGUCUUUGCGGUUGGUUUUGGAGUUGCCAAUGCUCUCUGGGCUUUCGGUCCAGCACUCGAGGAGCAAGCUCAAGAGCGGGCGGAGAAGGCUAGGAGGCUAGAGGAAGGUGAAAAGCCGCUGGACAAGGAGGUUACCGCAUCGAUAAAAGCGGCAGCUGAUGCUAGCCGUUCAGAGGCAACUGCUGAAGCUUUGCAAAGCAAAUCAAACGUUUGGCAGACAGCAGCAAAGUUCUGGGAUAAACCUUCAAAUGUUUCAUCCCCCACCAAUGAAGUAUCGCAGACAAUUACGAAGGACCAAAGACCUGAUGAGUCGUCCAAACAGUAGCUGAGCUGGGCUUAGAACGGAAGUUUGACGUGUCACAUUCGGAAGAGCGUUGUAUUAUGUUAGACUGGGUCAUUUUGCGAUGGGAGGCUCUAUGUCGAGUACAUCCUGGUGCUUUACUGGGGAGAGUUCUAAGCAUAUAAGUGUAUAAUAGGUGGAUGUUGAAUGACGGUUUUUCUCCACUAGCUGGGAAAAUCGACCACGAAUUAAUAGCCAUUAAACGGUUAGAGACACUCCUGGACCCUGCCGCAGCCUGGAGUGUUUACGGCUGCUGCGAAUAGAAUGAAACUCAGAUACCCA